GUGGGAAGCCUAACGUCAAAGUCUACGUAGGAAGACGUAGGGAAGGCGGCAAGGAAGACGCUGGGCUUCGGGUCACGUGAUGCGGCGGGAGGGGCGUCGGCUCCUCCCUCCGCAAGAUGGCGUCCUUGCUGCAGUCGGACCGGGUUCUCUAUCUAGUCCAGGGAGAAAAGAAGGUUCGGGCCCCGCUCUCGCAGCUCUACUUCUGCCGCUAUUGUAGCGAGCUGCGGUCGCUGGAAUGUGUGUCUCACGAGGUGGAUUCCCAUUAUUGUCCCAGUUGCUUAGAAAAUAUGCCAUCGGCUGAAGCCAAACUAAAAAAGAAUAGAUGUGCCAAUUGCUUUGACUGUCCUGGCUGCAUGCACACCCUCUCUACCCGGGCCACAAGCAUCUCCACACAGCUUCCAGACGACCCAGCCAAGACCACCAUGAAAAAAGCCUAUUACCUGGCAUGUGGAUUUUGUCGCUGGACGUCUAGAGAUGUGGGCAUGGCAGACAAAUCUGUAGCUAGUGGCGGUUGGCAGGAACCUGAAAAUCCUCACACCCAACGGAUGAACAAAUUGAUUGAAUAUUACCAGCAACUGGCUCAGAAAGAGAAGGUUGAGCGAGAUCGCAAGAAACUAGCACGGCGUAGAAACUAUAUGCCUCUGGCUUUUUCGGACAAAUAUGGUCUUGGAACCAGGCUUCAGCGACCACGAGCUGGUGCAUCCAUCAGUACUCUUGCCGGACUUUCCCUUAAAGAAGGAGAAGAUCAGAAAGAGAUAAAGAUUGAGCCAGCUCAGGCUGUAGAUGAAGUGGAACCUCUACCUGAAGACUAUUAUACAAGACCAGUAAAUUUGACAGAGGUAACCACUCUUCAGCAGCGUCUGUUACAACCUGACUUCCAGCCAGUCUGUGCUUCACAGCUGUAUCCUCGCCACAAACAUCUUCUGAUCAAACGGUCCCUGCGCUGCCGUAAAUGUGAACAUAAUUUGAGCAAGCCAGAAUUUAACCCAACAUCAAUCAAAUUCAAAAUCCAGCUGGUCGCUGUCAAUUAUAUUCCAGAAGUGAGAAUCAUGUCAAUUCCCAAUCUUCGCUACAUGAAGGAAAGCCAGGUCCUCCUGACUCUUACGAAUCCAGUUGAGAACCUCACCCAUGUGACUCUGUUGGAGUGUGAGGAGGGGGACCCCGAUGAUAUCAAUAGCACUGCUAAGGUGGUGGUACCUCCCAAGGAGCUCGUCUUAGCUGGCAAGGAUGCAGCAGCAGAGUACGAUGAGUUGGCAGAACCCCAGGACUUUCAGGACGAUCCCGACAUUAUAGCCUUCAGAAAGGCCAACAAAGUAGGUAUUUUCAUCAAAGUUACCCCGCAGCGUGAGGAGGGUGAAGUGACCGUGUGCUUCAAGAUGAAGCAUGAUUUUAAAAACCUGGCAGCCCCCAUUCGCCCCAUUGAAGAAAGCGACCAGGGCACAGAAGUCAUCUGGCUCACCCAGCAUGUGGAACUUAGCUUGGGCCCGCUGCUUCCUUAAAAGGUUCCAUUGGAGGGCAGAUCCCAAAGGACAGUGUCACCAUAAACCUGCUCUCAAAUGUGGAAGCUGCUGCUUCAUUAGGCCUUGUUUAUAAUGAUGUACCCAUGCACUACAGAACUCUAUUGCUAGGAAAGUGGGAGCACAGUGAAGCAUGGGGAGCACAGGGUAACUGCUAUUCCUCUUGCUCUCACCUCUGUUGACACCAGUAAGUCUGUGUCUCCCUCACUGAGCCCUGCACGUUGAAUAACAACAGCAUAAUUCCAUACUAGGAAAGGGGAUGGGUAUUCCUUGGAGUGACAUUGUAUUUACCACCUGAGAAACUCUGUACUGUAUGGUCUCUUGAUCUGAUCUCACUAAAAGAUCACAAUGUCACAGAUGAAACUUAAAUGAUAACCCAAAGGUGGACCUGCUAUUAAUGAUCCAGCCUUGGUGGCAGUGUACCAACUGCUUUCUGCAUCCCAUUAAGUAUAACCUAACAGUCUAAAACAUAUCCCUUCACUUGCCAUCAUGGCUGCCGUUUUGCCGUAGAUUUCUAUGUAACAGAAAAAUGGAAUUGGCACAUCAUCUUUAGUAUUAUGAUGAUUGGAACAGCCUGUGACGUUGUUAAGGCACUCUCAUUUGCCCUCUUUUUCUAAGUGAAUACAGGACACUUACUAGUUGUCUUAAUUUUUUUCCCAGUAAAAUAUGGGACCUUUCAAGAAGAAUUUGAGAGGCAAGCAAUUACAUGUCAUGUCAAGGGGGUAAGCAAAUUCCAUUCGAUUUAAAUAUUGCCACAACACCCAGGGAUUAAUGCUGCCACAGAGGGGCAAUUUUUAUUUGUCUUACUUCCUACGCCUUCUCUGUUCUGCGUCUGUAACUCAGUAAGUUCUGUUUGGGACCUGGAAAAGAACCCAAAGAAAACCUGAGUGGACAGGUUCACUUCUGGAAUGCAGAAAACAUUUUAAAGGUUAGAGUUUUAGCGUAUUCUCAACUAGCAUUCUUUCCAUUGAUUUGAAGGGGAAAUUAACUUUUACAAUCUCUUGAAUCCAAAACUGUAUAUUAAGAACUUUGCCCCUUACUAAGUUUAAGACUUUUGUCAUAUGGUGAGUCAAAUAAGACCAUUUUGAUUGUAAACCAUAAAAUAGUUAAGCAGGUAACCCACAGCUGUGGCCUAACAGCAGACAUGCCGUUUUCACUUGUUAUCCUGGAGUUGGGUUGCUAACCUUAAUUUCUAUGAUGUUUUCUAAAAUGAAACUUGACAAAGUAGACCACCAGCUGCACCGUGUUUUCUGUAAAGGUAUUGUUAGUAAGUGGGCAAGAGACUUGAGGAAAAGAUAAAUUUUCUGUUUA